AUGCGGCUCUGCAUAGGCCCGGACGACUUACAUGCGGACCGCGUCCACGGCUGCCUUGCUCUGCCGCCUCUCGGAAGCCUUCCGUGCGCCGCCUCCAAGCUUCACCUGACGCCCGAGGAAGCCUCGCGGCUUUCCACCGCGGCCCCCGCAAGCACGGGCCGGGGGUCUCCUCCCCGCCGCCGUUCGGCAGUCACAUGGCACGGCCGACCGCACGGCAACACGCGCCUGGUUAACGCCGCGAUCUCCGUGCCGACAAUAAUUCCACAACGGAACCGCCGCCAGCUUCUCCCGGCAACGCGGGGACGAGACGCCGGCGCUGCGACGUGGCGGUGCACUCUUUCCGUCACGGCACCAUGA